ACUGUGUGCCAAAAGAUUGAAAAUCUAUUCUUCAUGUCAAGCAUUGUGAUUUGGUUGGAAUACACAUGUCCAAGAUGUGACUCUGGUUUUAUAGAAGAAUUACUUGAUCAAGUACCAAGAAAUACUGAAAAUGGCUCAAGUUCAACAGCUUCUACGAGUGACCAGACUCGACAGUUAUUUGAGGGUUUAGACCAGCACUUGCUUUCCUUACCACAAGCGAGCUAUGGACAGUUUGCAUUUGGCAUUUUGGAUGAUCCCUUUGAUCCCUUCCCCUUUGGAGCCAACCAGAGUUCAGAAGAAAACAGAGACUCUGAAAAUAGGAGGGAACGGGAACACCAGUCGCGACCACGGUAUAGUUCUAGACAACCCAGAGCACCCCGGUUCCCAUCACGGCGCCCUACAACACGAAAUGAAGGAGUGCCAACUCUAGAAGGGAUUAUUCAACAAUUGGUUAAUGGAAUCAUUGCACCCACAGCAGUGCCAAACUUGGGAUUGGGCCCAUGGGGUGUUUUGCAUUCAAAUCCAAUGGACUAUGCGUGGGGAGCCAAUGGCUUGGACACUAUCAUUACACAGGUAGUUAAUCUGCUUCUGAACCAGUUUGAAAAUACUGGCCCACCUCCUGCAGACAAAGAGAAAAUCAAGACUCUUCCCACGGUAGAAAUAACAGAUGAACAUGUAGGUUCUGGUGUAGAAUGCCCCGUGUGUAAAGAAGAUUACAGCGUUGGAGAAACUGUUAGGCAACUUCCGUGCAACCAUUUAUUCCAUAAUGACUGUAUAAUACCUUGGCUAGAAAUGCAUGAUACCUGUCCGGUUUGUCGGAAAAGCUUAAGUGGGCAAAACACAGCAACGAAUCCUCCUGAUUUAUCAAGGAUGAACUUUUCUUCUUCAUCAUCCUCUUCUGCCUCAAGUUCGCCAAGUAAUGAGAAUUCAACAAACAAUUCCUGAAUUUGAACAAAAAGCAUCUAAGGUUUACUGUUUUCAUAUGCAAAAGUGUUUGAUGACUACCGUGAAACAUUUUAUAAUUUAAAUUAUUGUAUUAUGCAUGGCACAAAGAAAGCCAGAGUAAAUGGAGUUUUUUAACAAAGAACUCUUUUCUAAAAUCUCUACUCGAACAUGAAUACCCACUUUUCCUUUUCAAGAUUUGUUUUAUAGAUUUAACUUCUGGGACCGAUUUAAAAAUUUUUCUUAUCGACAAGCUGCUAUGUUCAAUUUAUUUCAUCUCACUUGGGGUGGAAAAGGCCCUGUGUGCACAUUGCUGUAAUCAUACUGCUGUGAAUUAUCUUAAGCAGUGGAAGAUGUCUGCUGUUCUUUCUUUCACAAAUAUAUAUAAAUCCUUAACCAUUGUAAUGUGUUUUAAGAUGAAUGCAGCUGUUGAACUCUGGGCAUUUUCAUUCUAUUUUAUAGUCCUGAAUUUUAUUUUUCUCAUACUAAAAGGGAUUAUUUUUUUCAAAAUAUUUUUUUUUUGAUUGGCAAUUUUAUAGAUACUACGGAAAGCUCAAUGACAGCCAACAUCUUCCCAUCUUUGUUUAAUAGAAAAAUGGGGGGCUGUUUGCUUCAAAUCAAGGGACUGGAGAUAGGAGUGUGUGUGGGGGAAGGGGAGGGAAGAAAAUAUAUCUGACAAUUUAUCUUAAAACAUUGAAGUGGUAAUUGAUUACAUGCUGACAAAAUUCUUUUUAACAACCAUUCCUUGUGUUGAAUCUGAAAAUAUUUGAAUCAUGGAAGAAGUGCAAUGCCUCUACUGACCUAAUCGAAGCAGUUUACGACGGAGUCCAGCAACAUUAAUUUAUCAGCAGCUGGGCUAUUAGUCACUUCCUGUUUAAAAAGCCGGAUUGGCUCACUGUAAAACAUUCUGUAUUCCUUGGGUUUCCUGGCAAGACAUAAAACCUUGAGAUAUGCCCAAAAGUAUGCUUGUCAGUAGGUAACAUACAAUGUAUAGAAAUGUGAUCCAAGCAAAUAACUAGUAAAUUUGUGGAAUUUACUGAGUUUGUUAAUACUGUAUCAACCAUCAAUUGUAUACAAGUCAGUGAAUAAUCAUUUCUUUUUUAAAAAAAACUGUUGUCCUCUUUGAUUUUGUUUACAUACAAUUCUUCUCAUAAAAGGCAAAUCUAAAUGAUCAAUGUGAAACAUGAUUUCCAACUUCAAUAAUUAUGAUGGAACUUUUCAUUCUUAAACACCUAAUUUUUUUCACUGACUUUUUUAAAAAAAAGUUGUAUAACUAUAGUGAUGCACAACUUGCAGGUAAGGGAAAUGUCUUUUAGUAUACAGUUAAUGAGGUUGCUUAUGUGAUGUGAAGUUUUUUUGUGCUUUUAACAGAGACGAAAAGGGUAUGCUGCCAGUGUAAAGUAAGGAAAGGAUAAGGGGAAAAUAUGCUUAUGAUUCACCGUUCCUUGUCUGUUUCUUACACUUGUCUUAAGCCUGCUGCUUUGUUAAGAUCAAUAUGAGAGCUUUCCUUUAAUUUUGCUAUGCUGCCUGGGGAUCUGGAAUACAGGAUUUCAAACCCUACAACAGAAUUGUCUUGGUUCACGUCAACAAUGGCUGAUUAGUAAAUGGACUUCAACUAGCCCACACAGAUAGGUAUGCUGCUCAGUUGACUGUGGGGAAGCAUUUGAAUCUGAAAGCCAGAGGAUCAGCUGAAUAAACACACAUGGGGGCUGAAGGGAUGAGACUCAGUAAAGCUGCAGAAAGUACAUGAAGUUUUAAAUCACCUACUGGAGAAGUGUUUUUAAAUUUUAAAAAAAUGUAUAGAUGAAGCAGUACUUUACAUAUACCACAAACUUUGUAAUGUGCUCCUGAACAAUCUUAUUGAAGUGCAACAUAUGUACAUAUACAUCAUUUGUUAAUGUGUACCUAUAAAUACAUCUGCAUUUUAUUAUUGGGCUUUGGUAUAUUUAAGAACUUAAUUCCAUGUCUGAAUUUUAAAACAAUACCUGAGACUUGAGCAAAGAAGUUCACUUCUAUGAUUUUGACUGUGGUGUUGAUUUUGAGAUGGAGAUAAAUCUGUGAUAAGGGCAUUUGAGGAUUUGGUUCUUGGUAACUAAUGCAAGUAUGAAGAGAAGUUUCCCGAAUAAUUCAACAGUUGGCGCUGAUUUAACAUGUUCCCACCCAGAAAAAGCUGUCUAACCUAGAUUCUGUCAACCUUCACUAAGUAAGAUGAUAGCAGUGACAUUAAAAUGCGAAAAUCAGCACCAAAUUUAGACGAAUGUAUUAUUUAAUUUGAUUUGUUUUUUCUGUUGUCUCUCAACUGUUAUAUUACUUACUGACAAGUAUAUCAAUGCAUGCAAUUCUGUUUUCAGUCUACAAUAUGUUCACAAUAGCUUUGGUGCCCUGAAUAUUGCCAGGCAUCUGAAAAUUAUUUUGACACAAAUAAAUUUUGGGGGAAUUUUAAAAAAAAAUUAUUCUGUAUUCAGCACUUUUUUUCCCCGAUUGAACAAUUUAGUUAAUCUAAAACAUCGUCCCUUUCAUCUACUGACCAUGGUUUUGAAGCCAUUUUGAAGAAGCAUUGCACAAUGGUAAUAGGUUGGUUGUUCUAAGUACAGUAUAAUUCAAAAAAUAAAGAUUUACUUACCACACCUUGUGUGUUUUUUUAAAUUAAAAGAUGCUUUCAGUGGAACAUCAGGGAUAAUUGGUUAGCGUUAAUUUAUCAGCCUUCAAUUGUACUUAUUCUUCACUUCUACAUGUCACUGCUUCUCAAGCAGCAGUAUGUUGAUGUUGAAUGUAGAAUAGCCUCUGCUUAAUGCUGAACUUCAUGGUGAUCACUAGUGGGAUUCAGAAGGUUGAAGUUAUGCGAUUUGCAUAAACAUGCAAUGGUUUUUUUUUUGAUAUUUUAAAACAGUGUGCUGACCUCUCACUGGGGUGAAUGUGCACUUAGAUUAUGGUCUAGUUAGAGGCAAUGGGCUUGGCAUUAUUCGAGUAUAAAAAGGAUAGGCAUAAUUUUAAAAGUAAGACAUAGUGUGGAAGUGGCGGUAAACCCAAAAAAAUGAGUCUUUUUAAUCGUUCAUAUCAACCAUGUAUUUAUGUAAUGACCUAAUUACUCUCACCACACAUCCCCAUUUAAAAAAAAACACAGGCCCAUCUAAGUAUGACUAUAACAUGAGUAUGUUGCUUUGUCCAUCUGACUAAAUCAUUUUUCCAUCAUUCACGGUUUGAGUAAUUUCAAACUGUAACCCUGUUCUGCAAAGAUCUCCAAUAAGAUUAAUCAGUUUGCAAGACUGAAUUGUUCAACUGUGUAACUAUUUGAAAGGUGUUCUUCAGCAAUUGCAGCAUAUAAAAUGAGAUGAAAAGAAAUAAGUGGAAACCCAGAUCACACAAGUUGCUGAUAUGUUGACAGCAUCAGUUUAUGUUAAGUCUCCUUUUUGAGCAUCUCUGCAAUCUUGCUUCUGGUCCUGGUUAAAUCAUGAAGCGUUUCCUGCAGAGAAGCACUGCAAAUGCACUCUGUUUCAAGCACGUAGAAAUGCAAGGCAAUUGCAACAGAUCUUUAGUAGGCAACAAAAGGAGACCUGUAACUCUGCACUUCUGUAACCUGAUAAAAUUGAGCUCUCUUGCUAGCAUUCUUCUUAUGGUGUAUGUAAAUAUUGUGUAGGGAGUAUAAUCAGUACAGUGAUGCACAAAAAUGAUCACCAAACUGGUAGUAAGUCCAGGCAUGAUGCUCCUAUUGUGGAGAAGAUAUUUGCGUAACUUGUAAAUGUACUAUAAAUAUAGCAGUUUCAAUGAAUAAAAUGGUUAACAAUUGAAA